AUGUCUAAGCCUAGCAUUGCCAUCGUUAUCUACACCAUGUACGGCCACAUCGCCAAGUUGGCAGAAUCUGUGAAAGGCGGUAUCGAGGCCUCAGGUGGUUCCGCUACCAUCUACCAAAUUUCCGAGACUCUGCCGGAGGACAUCCUCAAACUUAUGCACGCGCCCCCGAAGCCCGACUACCCCAUAUUUGAACCCAACGACCUCACCAAGUUCGACGCGUUCCUGCUCGGUGUCCCCACCCGUUACGGUAACUUCCCCACUCAGUGGAAGGCGUUCUGGGAUGCCACCGGCGCGCUCUGGGCGCAGGGUGCGCUCGCCGGCAAGUACGCCGGCUUCUUUGUGUCCACCGGCACCCCCGGCGGAGGCCAAGAGACAACCGUCAUCUCCGCGCUUUCGACGCUGACCCACCACGGCAUCAUCUACGUGCCUCUCGGCUACAGCAAGACCUUCCCGCUGCUCGCGAACUUGACUGAAGUCCGCGGUGGCUCCCCUUGGGGUGCAGGCACGUUCGCCGGCACCGACGGCUCCCGCCAGCCUAGCGCACUCGAGCUCGAGCUCGCCAAGGCCCAGGGCGGGCAGUUCUACGGCGUCGUCAGCAAGGUCAAGUUCUGA